CACUCUCGUCUGUACAACGACACCCAAAACUCUGUGCUCAAUUUUUUUUCGAAUUUCCCGCCAGGUAAAUAACUCCCACUCAAACCAAACCCAAUCGGAUAAAUACGAACAGAAAAAUGUUGUCGCCCAUGUGAAAUAUUGAAAUUCUACCCAAAAGAAAAAAAUCAAAGUGUUUAAGUGUCGAUUAAGUGUUUCAGUGAUCAAAUUGAAUCAAAAGAAAAUCAUCAAAAGUUAAAUAUUUCAGUCAACAUGAUGCAACAUCAUCAAAGCGGACGGCCGGUUGCCGGCCCGAGCAGCAGCGGCAGCAACAACAGCGGCAACACGGUCAUCAACCGUUCGAAAGUGAUCAAAGGUCCGUCGUCUCGGACCACCAACGGCGGCGGAGAAGCUUCUUCGGCGUCGGCGUCGGCCGGCGGAGAGGCCGGCCACUACAACAACAACAACAACAACAACAACACGAUCAAAGGUGGCGGGGCGACGGCCGCCAGCGUGUCGGCCAACGAAUUCAAAACGAAAACGGUUCUCAAAGAGGCCGUCGACGCCGUCGUCAGCAGUUUCGCCAAGCACAGCCAAGGAUACGGUCGAGUGAACGUGGUGGAAGCGCUGCAAGAGUUUUGGCAAAUGAAACAGGCCAGAGGUGCCGAUUUGAAGAAUGGAGCCCUGGUCAUUUACGAGUCGGUUCCGUCCUCGUCACCGCCCUACGUCUGCUACGUCACCUUGCCCGGCGGAUCCUGUUUCGGCAGUUUUCAGAAUUGCCCGACGAAAGCAGAGGCCAGACGCAGCGCUGCCAAAAUCGCCCUGAUGAAUUCCGUUUUCAACGAGCACCCGUCACGGCAGAUCUCGGACGACUUUAUCGAAAAGGCCGUCGCCGAAGCCAGAGCCUCUUUUAAGGGCGAUCCGGACGAAGCGGACAAUCCGAAUACGGGCAUCGGCGCCUUCCGCUUCAUGCUGGAGGCCAACAAAGGGCGGACCAUGCUGGAAUUCCAGGAGCUGAUGACCGUUUUCCAGUUGCUGCACUGGAACGGCUCUCUCAAAGCCAUGCGAGAGCGCCAGUGCUCCCGACAGGAGGUGGUGGCCCACUACUCGCACCGCGCCCUCGACGACGACAUGCGCUCGCAAAUGGCCCUCGACUGGAUCGCCAGAGAACAGGAAACUCCUGGGAUUGUGAGUCGCGAAUUGAAUAUGGCCGAAAGGGAAUUGGAAGCGGCCCGGCUGGCCGGCCGAGAACUCCGUUUUCCCAAGGAGAAACGGGAGAUCCUGAUGCUCGCAUGUUCUCAAGUAGCUCACGGAGACGGACUCUCAAGUUAAAGAAAAGAAGAGAAUUAAACAAAACAGAAAAUUUCUAAAUUCUUAAAAAAAAUAUUUUUUGGAGAAAAUAAUCAUCCAGCAAAGGACAACAAACAGCGCAUCUUUUAUUACAUAUAAAAACUAUGACAUUUUCUUGUUUAAAAUCCCAGGCUGCGUGAUUGAUCGUGAAUUGUGUGUGUGUGUGUAUUUUGUUCGCCCGCGGUUAAAUAUGUGUGGAAAAAAACAACUUUUUUCUUGUGUCUCAUCUCGUUCAUUAGGCGCAUUCUAAUAUUAUUUCGUAUACUAUUUUACAUAUAAUUAACCCUCCACAUUUCUCUGUAAUAUUAUUUUUCAAUUUUUUUUUUCUUCCCGGUGUUUAUAUAAUUCUUUCCCGCAUGCAAAAAAACAAGAAAGAAACGAAAAAUGAUGGGCGAUUUUAUACAGCCGAACCAACGUCAGAAAUAUUCUUUAGAUUUUCAAUUCUCCAGUGAAGUUAUACCACGACGAAAUAAUAACAAAAAAAAAAAAGAAAAAAAAGAAAGAAAAUCACGCAACGCAUCCAUCACGAAAAAAAUGCGCGAAAUCAAAUCGAAAAAAGGGGGAUGAGAAAGAGAGAGAUACGUAAUCGGACAUUUUUUUUUUCUUUUUGUUGCGUGUGUGUGUGUGUGUAUCAUAUAUUUUAUAUAGAAAACAAAAACCAAAAGACUUAGAAAAACAAAAACAAAAAAAUGAAUUUUUAGGUGUGAAAAUGUGUGCUGUAUGCUGUGUGUAACUUUUGCAAAUUUUCCAAUGUGGUCCACAAUAUAAUUUUUAUACGUGCAGAGCUGAUGCUUUUGAGAAAGUUUAAUAAAUAAAAAAAAAUCAGAUCGUGAUUUGAUUGCGACGCCAUCUCUCAGAUGUGACCAGUAAUAAAAAAAUCACGAAAAUAAAAUAAAAUCAGCGCCUCUAAUUUUUGAUUUGAUUUAGCUGAAUAUAUUUGGGCGUGGCAGAAACAAAAGAAAUUUCUCACUUAAAAAUAGUUCCCUGCCCAUAAUUCCCUCACUACUCAAUUUGCGUGUUACUCCAAUCCUAA